AUGAGUUCGUUGUCAUUCAAAGCCAUUACAAAAAAAAAAUAUCACAAUGCUAUUUAUAUAAAAGAAAGGGCCGGCCCGGUGGACAACAACGGGCAACUACGAAGACCAUCUCGGUCACCUCGCAGUCAACGUAGCCGCAGCGCGGACGUGGACUGCCUAAAGAAGUACACGGAGCGUCGCGUGGAGGAACGCCGGCACACGGAGAUCACCGACACCAGCAAAUUGGACACCACGAGGUGGAUGCCGCUACCGAAGAACGUGCCUCGGGGUCAGCAAUUGGGACCAGCGGCGGCCAAGAGACCGUCAAGGGACGAUCAGCAGGAGAGCGUCGACGAAUCGACGACGGGUCAAACCGAGAAACGGCUGGCGAAGUCCUCGUCGACCGAGAAUCGACCCUCCGCCGGUCGGCCUCAGCACGCCAUCCGGAGUCACAGCACCGACGUGACCACCAUUAGGAAGCCGGAGAAGAGCAUCACCGAGCAGCGUAGGCACACGGACUGCAGCGACCCGCGAAUCAUCGCCACGAGAUUUCCACAAAUUAACGACACGAAGUUUCACCGAGAGGCGUCUCCCCUUGCAAGGAUUGGCUGUGAAAUCAAAAAGAGCACGGCUACGCGGUGGGUAACGUUCAUCAAGAGUCCAUCGCCCAGUCCUACACCACCGAUAAAUCCCGAAAGUGGAGAUUCCACAGCUGAACAACCCGAUGGAAAGGACGAAGGGUCGCGCAAGGAUGCGGACUCCUCCAAGUGGCAACCCCCCAGAAAAUUCUCCCCGGCAAAAAGCGAGAAGGGACGCUUACAGAGGCAAAAUGAGUUGGAUAUUGGCAGAGACCGCUCCUUGAGCAUUUUCGACGCUAACGAGCGAGCGAAAGACCGUUCCUCGAGUCUGGUCAACGCUAACGUUGAGCGAGUGAAAGAACGUUCCUCGAGUCUGGUCAACGCUAGCGUUGAGCGAGUGAAAGAUCGCUCCUCGAGCGUCGUCGACGCUAACGCUGAGCGAGCGAACCAACUCAGCGAACGUAUGCGAGACUUGUACGAUUUCAAGACGGAGAACGAGUGGCCGAAGAGGGCGGGACCCUCCCGAGAUAACGCUUGGAUUAGCAAGAGCAGCAGCGAGGAGGAGAGACCCAACUAUCCGCCGAUUCGCAGGAACAGUCAAGAUUUGGAAUUUAACGACAGAAUCGAUAUUUUCAAGUCCAAGGUUCCACAGGAGGAGGACGUGCGAAAGCCGAAGCGCAGUACUCACAACGCCAGUGAGGUGUUCGACGACGAGCAAGAUGAGCGUCUGCGGAAGUUCAACGAAAAACUGCGAUUCAGCGAGGACCUCAGGGCGGCGCGGACUCGCGGCCGCGAACGGCGCACUUAUUCGGACGACUACGACGAGAAGGUCCGGCGGGACUCUCGCUCCUCCCGGCAGCCGGAGCUGGUGACGUUCAAGAGGGCUCGACCGGAACAACCGGAACUAGUGACGUUCAAGAGGGAUCGACCGGAAGCACCGGCUGUCAAGCGACUGGUAGACAAGGAGAAUAAACGGAAUUCGGACGUCAGCAUGAGACCGCGCGAUUCUCAAGUCAGCUACGUAGAGAUAGACUUCGCAAAGAGGAAUGCACGUGCCAGCGACGUCAGCUAUGUCAGCGUGAACUUGGGCAAGCAGAGCAGCGUCGAUUGCAAAAGCACCCGGAGGAUCCCCGACGUCCCACCGAGAAGAGCAUUCAGUCAGAGCGAUGAGCGACCGGCCACCCCGGUGCCGCCGAUUGAAUUCAAUGACGAACGAUACGUCCCCAAGAAGUUGUCCCCGGAACCUUCGAAAAGGGACAGCACUCGAUAUAAAGUGUACCUAACAUAGGAAAUGCCUGCGAGAGCUGGCAUCUCGCGAAGCGAGUGCCGCUUUCGCAGGCCUUUAGAUUAACAUUUGACGUUUCGAUAAAAAGAAAGUACAAGUUCGACGUAGAUGGAGAAUUAAUCACGCGAAAGUCUCGAUACGAUUUUCACAAGAGAAUAAGUGUCGACGCUGGUGUGUCGCCAAAAUUAAAUUCGGUGUACAGUGUUACCUCUGUGUUGGACGAUGUCCGUCACUUUUGUCGAAUGAAAAAAAAAAACGAAAUUUUGAAUAUUUACGAAAAAAAAAAUGGAUAAGUAUAAGCAGUCUGCGAUAAAUAUGAUGAAGUUGCUGUCUAUGAAUAACUAUUAAGCAUUCAGGUGUUUAUUGUGUUCAUCGUAGAAUAAUGCGAUGUGUAAAUGAAUGGAUGCACGAAUACAUUCUUGUUACAUAACAACAAACGGCACCCGACCGGACGCGGGGAGCUUGAUACAUAAAUAUAUUUGUAGCAGGUUUACAAUGAGUCAACGUAACUGGAAGUUUCCUAUUCGUGUUUUUCAUGUCUAUGUUCAAAACGUAACUGCGAUAUUAAUAAUGUACAAACGAUGUAAUACAAAAAAUAAUAAAA